AUGGAGGAUCCUGCUGUAUUGUUGUGCAGGCGGGCCGAUGAAAGUGUCGCUAUCAUUUUGUCACAGAAUUUGGAUUUUGAGUCAUUGGUUAGCAAGUUGUCUCACAAAUGGAAGGAUUUGACUCAAGGAUGCUUUGAAAUAUCUUAUACCCUAGAUGGUCAUCCAAACUGUGAUGUUGACUGUGACGAAGAUUUGAUUGCUUUACGUACUUUAGCAAAGAAGUUUAGAAUUGGUCGUAUUGAUGUUUUUGUUCAUGACUUGACUGGAUCUAAUACUAGUUUGAAUGUUGGAGAGUGUGGUGAUAGAUCUAGUUCUAGUUUGAAUGUAGGAGGGUCUGGUGAGUUGAUAUUUGAAAUUGACAAUGGUUCUGAGAUGACAUUGUCGUUAUAUGAUCAAGAAAGGAAGCAGUUGAAGUCAAAUGCUUGGCGCAUUGCGAUUAAGGGAGUUGAUCAGUUGUUUGUUGGCGGUGCUGUUGCUUUCCGCGACUCUUUAAGCAAGUAUUCGUUAUUUCAUGGCUUUCAAUACAUUUAUGUUAAGAAUGAUGCUGAGACUGUGAAAGCACGUUGUCGUACAUUGCAUUGCACAUGGUUUGUGAAGGCCAAGGUAGAGAAGCCAAGUGGAUUGUUUAGGAUAAAAGAGUUGAUGAAUGAGCAUUCUUGUGGGGCUGCAUCGUUGUCGACUAGUAGUUCUCGUAGUAGUUUUGGUUUGAUAGGCAGAAUAUUUUCAGAAGAUAUUCGGUUGAGUCCGUCGAAACAUCCCGUGGAUGUUAGGAAGGAGUUAAAGAAAGACUAUGGGAUAGAUGUGACUUAUCGAAGAGCAUGGAUGGGUGUUGAGAAGGCUAGAAGUUUUGUGUAUGGGGAUUAUACAAAAUCAUUUAAGGAAUUAACAUGGUUUGUGAAUUCCUUUAAGGCUUCAAAUCCUGAUAGCGCAUGUGACUUAGAGUGCGAUGAGGCCCUGCGUUUCAAGAGAUUGUUUGUCGGGUUUGCAACUUGCAAGCACGGGUUUAAAUUUUGUCUACCUCUUCUGUUUCUUGAUGGAACUUUUUUGAAGGGAACUCACAAAGGAUGUUUGCUCGCUGCUUGUGCUAAAGAUGGCAACCGAGUGGUAGAUAUGGGCAGAUAUGAAACUAACCACUACUUGCUAGAAUCCCCAUGA